AUGAACUUCAAAGAAUGCAACCAAGGGAUAGCCAAAGGUCUGUUUAUGGUGGUGAACGGACUGUGUAUCCUACUGGCUUAUUGCAUCCUCGGAUUCGCCGUGGUGGAUAUCCGCCUGUUGAACCAGUACGGGCAGGAGCACGCGUCAGGCACUUUCGUUGGUGACGUCAUCGUGAUCUGCGCUAGUGUGUUGCUCAUCAUCAUUGCCGGGACAGGCCUUAUCGGAGCUAUUAAGGAGAACCUGAAGAUUAUUUACAUGUAUGUAGCCCUUCUGAUGAUCCUGAUAGUGCUGCAGAUGCUGAUAACUAUAUUCGUGGCGGUGCAGCGUCACGGCCUGCAAUUCAGGGUCACGGAGUGGCUGCGCGAAGACUUCUUUAGCAACGUAACUGAAGAGAGGCGAGGCGCCCACGAACGCAUGUGGGAUGACUUACAAAUACGUUAUGAAUGCUGUGGGUUGAACGGUCCGGACGACUACCCCGCCAUCCAGCAACCAAUCAGCUUGUCCUGUUGCCCGCGCGCAUAUCGAGCCAGGACUUCGUACGCGCAGCAAGAGCUCUAUAAGUCAUGCCUGCAUUCAGCGAGCUACUUCAGUGAAGGGUGUGAGGAUGAGAUCCUGUACUUCCUCCAGGCUGAUGCAGAGUGCUUGCUUGGUGCUGCCAUCUUUUGCUUCUGGAUGCAGGGUGCAGGCAUGCUGUUAGCAAUGUGGAUGACUAGCAACAUCAAGAAUACCGUGACAGCUUACAAGCAAACUGUCAAAUAUUAA